AUGCCUGACAGGUGCUUACAGCGAGAGUGGGGUUGGUCUCUUCUCACUGGUGACAGGACGAGGGGAAAUAAUCUCAAGCUGCACCAGGACGAGUUUAGGUUGGAUAUCAGGAAAACUUCUUUGCAGAAAGGGUGGUUAAGCACUGGAAUGAGCUGCACAGGAAGGUGGUUGAGUCACCAUCACCACCACGUGUUUAAAAACCAUUUGGAUGUGGUGCUCGGGGACACGAUGUAGUGGAGGGUUGUUAGAGUUAGGGUAGCACGGUCAGGUUGCUGUUGCACUGGGUGAUCUUACAGAUCUUUUCCAGCCCGAGCGAUGCUAUGAUACUCCGAUUCCAUGAGGGGACUGAGUGCACUCUCAGUAAGUUUGCAGGUGACACCAAGUUGGCAGGAGGUGGCGAUCUGCUCGGGGGUAGGAAGGCCCUUCAGAGGGAUGCGGACAGGCUGAUCGCUGGGCCGAGGCCAACGGGGUGAAGCUCCGGUGAGGCCACACCUCGAGUGCUGCGCUCAGUUUUGGGCCCCUCACUACAGGAAAGACGUGGAGACCCUGCAGCGCGUCCAGAGAAGGGCAACAAAGCAGGUGAGGGCUCUGGAGCGCAGGCCUUACGAGAAGCAGCUGAGGGAACUGAGAUUGUUUAGCCUGGAGGAGGAUCGGGGGAGACCUUGCCUGGUGCUCAGCUACCUGCUGGGUUACACCACUAGUGUCUGCACACUGCACUCCCACAGCCACUUAGGCUUCGAGAGCCAAAGUCAAAACAAGCCAUUACUUAGGCCCUCAAAGCCGCAUUUGUGCCUCGAAAGAAUGGGAUGGGACCGAUAAAGGAGGUUUAGUGCCCUGAAGUAAAGGCUCUGGGUCCUUCCAAGGUGGGCUGGAGCCCCUACAACAGCAGUUUGCACAGUGACAGGCAGCUUUUGCUCCUCAGCAGAGGUUCUGCACAUUCCAAAGUAGAAAUCUGACCUGCAAAGCAGACACUGCGGCUUUUCAGCAUGAGGAUUUGGACCCUGGGAAGGAGCGCUGGAUGCUGCCCAGAUGGCUGAGACCAUCCAUGGAGGCCUCGGGCCCCCAGCCUCGAUCCAUGCCACCAAAAAGGACGGCUCGCUCAGCACGCACGAGGCAGCGAGCCCUCGGCAGAGAUUAACAGGAGAGGUCGGAUUCUACACAGUAGAGGUUUUGAUCCCAUAACACAGUUUAGGAAACUUAAAUGAAGCAUUUGCACAAACAAAUGAGCACGGAAUGGCCAUUGUGACACGCGGGGUGCGGAACAGAGCCAAGGCUGCGGGGCCCAGGCGGAGCUCAGUGCAACCUGGUGAGGUUGUCACGCGGAGGACGAAGCCCAGCACUGAUGGGACAGAGACUCUGCAAGUGGUUUCAGUCAACUGCGGAGACGCAGGAGGCCGCCGGCUCGAGGGAGCCAGCAUGCGUGCUCUGCGGCCGAGUGGAUCAGGACUCGAGCAUCCUUGGGGAAAUGGAAGAGCACCGUGAAUUAUAUUUCCAUAAGUUUUGUGUGAUAUUUAUCAGUGGUCUUUGUGAAGUUGUGGAAGACCACACUGGCCUAACUUUUUGGAUUAAAGACCUGAUACUCAAAUUGAGGGAGGCAGAACAGACGCUCUGCUUCGUUUGUGGCAAGAGGGGGGCCACCAUCAACUGUGCAGAGAUGGGCUGCGACCGCAGCUUCCAUCUCCCCUGCGCUUCCAAGGGUGAAUGCGUCACCCAGUACUUUGGAGAGUACAGGUCCUUCUGCACGGAGCAUUGCCCACAGCAGACAGCGGAAGCAGCGCCGGCACAGGACACGACCUGCAUCAUCUGCAUGGACCCCGUGGGGGACAGCGUGUCCUACAGCACCAUGGUGUGCCCAGCCUGCCAACACGCCUGGUUCCACCGGGCUUGCAUCCAGGUAGGAGCCCUUCCUCACCCCAUGAGCACGGCAGGUGCUCAGCAGCACCAGGCCUGGCUCACACUCACCCUUCUGUUUCUGCUGCAGGAACAGGCCAUGAGCGCCGGGUUUCCUUGCUUCCAAUGCCCCAUCUGCAGAGACAGAUACACGUUUAUUAUGGACAUGCGCCUUAUGGGGAUCCGAAUCCCAUUCAGACAACCAACAUGGGAAGACAACGAUGCCUACGCAUCACUACUGGAGAGGCACGGGAGCUGCGAUGCCAGCGUCUGCCUUUGCCCACAUGGCAGAGAGCAGGCAGAGGAAGAGGGGCCCUGGCAGCUGCUCCUCUGCAGCUCCUGUGCCGCACAAGGCACUCACCGGUGCUGCUCCAACUUGAGCGACAGCACAACCAGCUGGGAGUGCAACGCCUGUGCUGGAGAGGGCACCGCCUCCAGCACCAACUCAGGCCUUCCUGGCUGCAGCACCACCAGCCAGGCACCAUCGGGGCCAGCUAACUCUUCCCCCGGGCCUGAGAGCAGCGGCCUGUCCAGCCAGCGCAGACAGGGAGCACCGCGGUCCUCGAGGGUUUCCACGGUGGCUGAAAGAACACAGUCCAGGCAGACACGGCGGGCCAGGACUCGGAGCCGCUCCCCUCUGGAACAUCGGGCUGCAGAGACCAACAGCCAGCCCCAAAGACGCCGCAGGAGCCGGUCCAGGCGGCGACGGCCAGCCCAGGGGCGAAGCCGCUCCCGGGUUCCACGUCAGGCCCGGAACAUCAACCGCCGGCCCCACUGAUGUUGCAGAAGCAGCCGUGUGCCAGCUCCAAUUGCUGUGUAAAG